CCCGCAUCCCGCAUCUGCGCAUCCUGGCUGUUCUUCCUCACUACAAUAACCAAACAUCUACACAACAAUGCCCAAGGUACCUUCUUUCAAGACGCUGUGGGAGAGACCCUCCCCCACCUCGAUCUCGAGGGCGCGCGCAAAGGUCUCAGGCGCUCUCAACAGUGUCACUCGUGCCGUUCAACGCACUGCUCGGGCGCACCGAACAAGUGCAUCGAGCUCGUCGGUGGCGUCUUCAUUUGAAGACGCCUCCUCGUCUACGGAUCAGUCCUCCCAGGACAUAGAGACUCCCCGGAGCACCAUUCUCUACGGGAAGGACACAGACAGUUCGUCUGAGGUUGAUGUUGAGGUUGUUAGCACCUCAUCACCAGACGAUCAGGAGACAUCGUCCGGUUCCUCGUUCAUCGUGCCCGCUACCCCCUGCGAUGCUGAAGAGUCCUUCGAGUCCUUCACGCACCCAACCCCACCCCCCGAAACACUGUACGAGACCAUCGCGUCUCGUUCUCUCCGAGAACAACCCGACGUCGACACACGUCUCCCCGUCAACCCCUUCGCCGACUCCCACGCCACCCCCGUUAUCAGCUACUACGAGCACGAUACUGUUGUCCAGAACAGUAUCAACAUCCAAGAAGAAGAAACAAGCCCCCUGUCAUACACCGACCUCGCCUGCAACACCGGACUUGUCGAUGCCUGGACCACGAUCUCCUCCUCAUCGAGUGGCGCACCCCAACAUCCCAACGAACCUACGCUUCCUACACUCGACUCCCUCUUCGCGAGUGGCAUGCUCGUCGACCCCGGAGUCCUCCCUCAGGAGGUCUUCUUCAGCUCCUCCAACAUGAAGCGCAAGCGUACGCCCGAGGAUGAGGACGAGGACCAGUCGAGCGAUAGCGAUCGCGCUCCCGACUACCACUACGCCACCGACCGCCCGUCGAAGAGGCGCGCCACCGCCACCUUCAACAUCCCCAAGCUCAUCGUCCCCGACCAUCCCAUCUCCAUCGAGGCCGCACGUCGUCAACAGGAAUAUCCUGUUGGAGCUCAGACACACUAUGUUGACGUCUUCAUGACGUCCGACAAUGAGUCUGACUCUGAAGCGAGCUCAAGCAGCUCGUCCGACACAUCAUCCUCUGCUGCCUCGUAUCGUGGUCGUUCUCGGGUUCGAAGGGCUCGGGAUUUCCGGAGCCGUCGCCGCUCUGCGGCCCCUAGCCCUCCCCCUUCCUCCUACGCUGCUAGCAGCGUCUCGGGUGACUCUUACAACCUCUCUUAUCCGGAGGUCUACAUCAAGUCGGAGCCCCUUUUCUAGUUUCUUCUUCUUCUUCUUCUUCCUCUGUGUCAUUAUCCUAUGCAUGCUCUUCCUCCGUUCUCGUGUUUACCGCUACCUUACAGCCUUGCUAUUCGUGUAUCGUGCUUUCUGUGCUCUAUCCCUGCUCCAUCUUCCCCUUCCUAGUCUCUCCUCUAUCUUCUCCCCUUCUGUAUCACUAACCUGAAUGGGCUGCCACACACUGGCUACCCUCGGCUCUUUAUUCCUUCACACUAUAGAUCUGUUGCAGUUCCUGCUUCAUGCUUCCCACUUCCUGCUACUCGACGCUCUUGACUCUGCCAUACUCUCCAUCCGCUUUCUGUUUUCGUAUCCUAGCUUUAGCUUUCGCUUUCGUUUUCGUUCUCAGUGCUACUGUAUUAUUAGUG